AUGGUGAAGGAGAAGUUGUACUUCAUUCAGGGCUACCUCUUUGAUGACACUAUCAACAACAAUGGAGUGCUCAACACCGAUAGACUGUUGAGUGAUGUGCGCAUGGAGCUCCAGGACUCAAAUGGCAAUUCCAUCAAGGUCAUUGAGAAGACGAGUAGGGACUAUGCCUUCGCAGGUCUCCGUGCCGGUACCUAUUGCGUAGUCGGAUCCAAGGAUGGAUACGUUCCAGGUGUGUUCAAGAAUGAUAACAAGUUUGACAAUGGCAAGGUGUGUGUCACUGUCGGUCCAUCAACCUCAAAGAUCCACUAUGGAAUGGUGAAGGAGUCUCUAUUCUAUCUCCAGGGAUAUAUAUGGGAUGACACCUCCAACAACAAUGGAGUUCUCAAUACCAAUAACCUAUUGAGUGACGUGCGCAUGGAGCUCCAGUACCCCUAUGGUACUUCCAUCAAGGUCAUUGAGAAAGCCAACAAGAACUAUGCCUUCACUGGUCUCCGCGCCGACACGUAUUGCAUUGUUGGAUCCAAGGAUGGAUACGUUCCAGGUGUGUUCAAGAAUGACAACAAGUUUGACAAUGGAAAGGUCUGCCUGACAGUCGGUCCCUCAACAACAAAACUCCACUUCGGAAUGGUCAAGGUAGUUCCAACAUCACCAUUAACACCACCUCCAGUCACUGAGCCUCCUGUCACUGAGCCCCCUGUCACCGAGCCACCAGUCAUGACUACUGGUGAGCCUCCAGUCACAGAACCACCCGUCACUGAGCCACCUGUGACUGAACCGCCCGUCACUGAACCUCCCGUCACUGAACCUCCAGUUACAGAGCCACCAGUCACUGAACCACCCGUCACUGAACCACCAGUCACCGAACCACCAGUCACCGAACCACCAGUCACUGAACCUCCCGUCACUGAACCUCCCGUCACUGAACCUCCCGUCACUGAACCUCCCGUCACUGAACCUCCCGUCACUGAACCUCCCGUCACUGAACCUCCCGUCACUGAACCUCCAGUUACCGAGCCACCCGUCACCGAGCCACCCGUCACUGAACCACCUCCAAAGAAAGGAACAUGGAAAGUCGGUAUUUAUCCAUUCAGGGAUGACGAUGAAAAUGGAGUGUCAAGUGGAGAGGAGGGUGUUCCUGUUCCGUUGGAUGUGACAGUGACAUUCGCUGGCAAUGGAUCUUUAUACCGAACUUAUGUCAACACAGAGGAUGAUGGUGAUUCUGAAUAUACAUUUGCCAAUAUGCCCCCUGGAGAGUACUGUUUCGAACUGAUCGAUCCCCAAGGCAAAUGGAAGUCUGGACCCGUGGGACCAGGCCCAAGAAGAUCAAACAACAAGUUUGUAGAUGGGAAAGCAUGUGUUGAAUUGGAAGCAGUGAAAGAUGGAAAGCAGGAAUUCAUGGAGAUGGCAGCAGGUUUUGUGAAGGAAAAGCCCCAGACCUACAAGGUGGCUGGCUUCACCUUCAUAGACACUAACCAAGAUGGUUACCAAGAUGAAGAUGAGGACUAUUUGGCAGACAUCACAGUCAAGUUGUACAACUCAGAUGGCAAGCUUGUAUAUGAUGAGGAUACGACUGCAGAAUACAAUGGAUAUGAGAUCACUGGUUUGGUAGCAGGAGAUUACUGUAUUGUCCACAUUGGACCUGAUGGCUACAAUCAUACUGUUAAGGGUACUCACAGCUUCUUUGACCAAGAUCAAGACAACUUACAUGAGAUCAAGUUGUGCUUCACUCUCCCUAACACUGAUAGAAAGCUACCUGAAAACUCUUCCAAAAAGCAGGUUCGCAUCAACAGUGGCUGGAAGAAGGUACCCCAAACUACUCGUACCAUUAAAGGUUACGUCUUCCUUGAUGCCAACCGCAACAACAAGUAUGAUGAUGCCCCGCCUGAUGGACCCGAGACAUUUAUUGCUGGAGCCUCAGUCAAACUGAUCGUGGAUGGUGAGAUUGUCGAGAGGACUGAAUCCACCGCAUCCAACCCCAGCUAUGAGUUUAAGAACCUCCCAGCUAACAAAGCGUGCUGCGUCUACAUCUCGCAACCCAACGCCUACGAGUUUAUCCCAGUGAUCAACGAGUACAACCGAUACGAACUUGAUGGAGAGACUCCCUGCCACACCUUCACGACGGAUGGCGUUAUUAAUUUCAAUGCUGGUCUUAGAACCCGUAAUUAA